AAGUGAAAGAGGCUGUGGACAAGACUGAGUCAUCUCCGUAUCCGAUUCAAUCGCCUAUUUCUUUAAAUGGCUCAGCUAACUUAUAGCCACCACUCAAAACCCACAUCGAUAAUUUACAAACAAAAAAAAGACACCAGAAAUUAAAAAAAAAAAAUUACUUGUUAAUGUGAUUAAUAUUAAUAAGUAAAUCCAAGCAAACAAAAGAAUAUGGUUAGAAUACUCUUUACUCUUAAAACAAAUAGAAAUAAUAAUUAAAAAAAAAUCAGUAAAAAUAGGUAAUAAGACGAAAGAAAAUGAAGCAUUACUCGAAUUGGAGAAGGAGGAUGGCGAAGAGAGAAGAAGAAGCUCUUCUGCUUCGUCAUCGUCUUCCUCGUUGUUGCUGUCAUCAACGUUGAUAGCAUCACCACCGUCGUAUGGAAAGAGAGGUGUGAGUGGGUUUGAUGGGGUGUCCAUUUUAGAGUCGGCAGAGCUUCAAUAUGCCCCAACAGCGUUGGUGGGGUCGACGGAGGAGGGAGAUGGGUUGGGGGGAGACUACCCUCCCAUUACCAACUUCCAUGACGUUAUGACUAUUUGCAUUGUCGAGUCCUCCAAGCUUUGGGCCAUUGCAGGCCCUAUAGUCUUCAACAUAUGGUGCAACUAUGGCAUUAACUCCUUUACCAAUAUCUUCGUCGGACAUCUUGGGGAUGUGGAGCUCUCUGCUGUUGCCAUUUCUCUCUCUGUUAUUGCCAAUUUCUCUUUUGGCUUCUUGCUUGGCAUGGGGAGUGCUCUAGAGACGUUAUGUGGGCAAGCAUUUGGAGCUGGCCAAGUGGAGAUGCUAGGAGUUUACAUGCAACGGUCAUGGAUAAUCUUGCUCGCCACUUGCUUUAUUCUGCUACCACUUUAUAUAUUCUCAACCCCAAUCCUCAAACUCCUAGGCCAAGAGGAUCAAAUUGCAGAGCUGGCUGGGAAAUUUACAAUACAAAUCAUACCUCAGAUGUUUUCACUUGCUAUCACUUUUCCCACCCAGAAGUUUUUGCAGGCUCAGAGCAAAGUGACAAUUCUGGCAUGGGUUGGUUUUGGAGCUCUGAUCAUGCACACUGGUAUUUUGUAUCUUUUCGUCAGGGUCUUUGACUGGGGAACCGCCGGGGCCGCCGGGGCCUACGACAUCUCAGCCUGGGUUGUGGCUGUGGCUCAGGUGGUUUACAUUGUGGGUUGGUGUGAGGAUGGUUGGAAGGGCUUGUCAUGGCUAGCUUUCAAGGACAUGUGGGAUUUUGUUAAGUUGUCUGUGGCUUCAGCUGUAAUGCUUUGUCUAGAGAUUUGGUAUUUUAUGACCAUAAUUGUUCUUACUGGACACCUAGAGGAUCCUAUCAUUUCAGUUGGUUCUCUUUCAAUAUGCAUGAACAUAAAUGGGUGGGAAGGCAUGUUGUUCAUUGGGGUCAAUGCAGCUAUAAGUGUUCGAGUCUCCAAUGAGCUUGGAUCAGGACAUCCAAGGGCUGCAAAGUACUCAGUGAUUGUGACAUGCGUUGAGGUGCUCUGCCUUGGGAUAUUAUUUGCAUCGCUCAUCCUUUUUACCAAAGACGAUUUUGCUAUAAUCUUCACCGAGAGCAAGGAGAUGCAAGAGGCAGUCUCUCGUUUAGCUUCUCUUCUUGGUAUAACCAUGAUCCUUAAUAGUGUUCAGCCAGUUAUUUCAGGUGUUGCUGUAGGAGGAGGUUGGCAAGCUUUGGUGGCUUACAUAAACUUGUUUUGUUAUUAUCUAAUUGGUCUACCUCUUGGGUUUUUUCUUGGUUAUAAAACCAAUUUAAAAGUGGAGGGAAUCUGGAUUGGCAUGAUAUGUGGGACAUUCUUACAAACUCUGAUCCUUGUAUAUAUCAUUUAUAAGACCGACUGGACCAAAGAGGUAGAACAAGCUUCUGAAAGACUUCGGAGCUGGUCAGGGCAGGAAAGUGGCUCUGAUAUAAUAAAAGUGUAAUGUUGAAGUUUGUUUUUGACAGUGAUUUUUCAUUCAUUUAGACAGUAAAUUAAUGAUUUUUCAUUCAUUUCUGUUUUUUACAUUAAUUAAAUAUAAAUAAUAAUGAAUAUUU